AGUAUAAAAAUCGUCCACGUACAGAGCUAAGUAUUACACUUCUGGAAAAAGGACGAAUCCUCUCAAAGAUACCUUAUCCCGUAAAGAACCACUUCAGCUAUAAAUGGACGUUGAAUCAAGCCACAGCAAUGAGGAUCUAAACGAUAUCCAGGAAUUUAUUGAAGAACAUUUAAUUUCACACCAGGAGGAAGUAAUUGAGCAUCCUCCUAUGCUCAUUCCCCUCUCACCUACAAUCAUUCCAUUGUCCCCGACAUUUUUUUUGGAUAGUCAGAAUGAUACAAUCCCAGGGCACAGCAUUUCCCUUGAGCUACCGUGCGAUCUAAUCGUGCCUGAGGACUUUUUAAAUAAUUUCUCAGUGAUAACAGAAAAGCCGGAAAAAGCUGAAUAUAUUGAAGAUUCUGAGCUUUUGGAACAGUACUUCAAGACAUCCUUCAGUGAUCUAGCGUCAGACUCCGAAUUGUCUAAAAAAGUUCCUGAAAAUUCCGAAAGGAACGACGUGGCCGGUACUUCGGAGGAGGGCCAGGUUAUACAUGCGUAUACCCCCUUGGAGCAUCCCAAUAGACCUCAAAAAUCUGCAAAAAGACCUCUCAAAAAACGGCCCACUAGACGUACACUUCUUGUGGAAAGCGAAUCUUCCGAGGACGACACAUCCUUCAGCAGAGACCCAAAGUCUAAAAGGCCGCGUAAAUUUUCCGAAAGGUUUCAUGCUUCACUACAAGCAAGAGGCACCCCCACAGUCUCCAAAGUAUCACAAAGGCUAAAACCUACGAUCCCCUCAACUUCAACUACUGCUAGGUAUCACAGCGCUGAGCUAUUGAAACAUGUACAUAUGACUAUAGAGCAGAUCAUUUACAGACAUCCUGCUAUAAGGGCCCUAGUUUCUGACCCAGAAGUGGCUCAGAAUAUACAAACAUUAAUUACCCUAUUGAAAACGCUGGGUUUUUUAAAACAAUAACAGUGUAUUUGUAGAGCUACAAUGGAACCACAUCGCAAAAAAACAUGUAAAAGGAAACACAUUGAAAUUACUGUUGAUGAUUCUGACAAUGAUGAUACGGCUGUGAAUGGUGUUCUAAAAAAUAAAAAGGUUUCAAUUGAUCCGAGUCAUAAUGUGUCAAAUUCUGUGGUAAAUUCUAUAUUCGUACCUAAAAAUACCUUAAAUUCUGAUCCUUCAACAAGUUCACAUACACAUAGUAUGUCUACAGCCCCCAAUGUCUGUCUGCCCCCCGUUCACCCCCAAAAUUUAAAUGGUUUCGAGAAUUUUGACUAUCUAGACAAACUAUUAAAUGAUAUAAAUUAUAAUGCGUAUAGUUUACCGUCAAUCAGGGCUCUGAUUGAUGAAAUUUCUCCAGAUAGGCCCCCGAUAAAUGACAACUCCACUAAUAUAGACAGCAAUAACUCCCAGUGCCGUGUGUUUGUUAAUGAUGCUAAAUUGACUCAGAUCAAUUUUGACUCUUUGGAUAAGCUUCUGCAUGAAAUGUAUAGAGAGAAUCAUGAUACUCUAGAGAGUGUAGUUGAUGUGGAAAAACAAAUAGGGGGAGGUUUGAACGACGGGGCUUACCGUGAUGAUUCUUUUAGCAUAAAAGUCCUGGGGGGUGGUGUAUUACAUGAUGAUCAAGUGGCAGGUCCUUCAGGUUUACAGGCCCCCCAUAGAGAUAGUGCCGGUGAUAGAAUUGGUGGGGAAGGUGUACAGCGUAGACAUAGACCUAUGUUUAACAAUUUCGAAUUGAAGCAACCUCUUAACUUUACACAUCUGUAUGACUUGGAUUCCUACGCUGAAGUUUUUACGGUGUUACAUGAAACGUUAGAGAAUAUGUUGAGUGAGGUUUCUAGAACGCUAAGACCCUCAGACGUUGUCCAACUUGAAUUACGAGCGGGAUCCUUAGAUAUACCAGUGUAUGUAAAAAUGAGUGGAGCCAAUUUAAGUCUAGAUGAUUUUCUCAGUCAGAUUGAAGCUCUCCUUCAAAGUCAUAGUGAAAUUUUGGCUGAUGACUCUUUAAUGUUGAUUGUGCAGGUUAUUAGGUGCCCAGAAGGAGGUGGUGUAAGGAGAUGUUUGCAGACCUUAAUGAAAAGUGAGCUUAUUAGAAAAAAAGCCAAGCAUCUGAUUAUAUGUUACAACAGAGACAAUCAAUUAUGCUUUGCCUACAGCGUACUGAGCUUGAUAUUUCCAGAAUUCAGAGGGGCUUAUGAAAUGUGUAUGGCUGAGGCUUUAAAACUUCAACAGAGUGUGGGAUUAAGUGAACAUCAAAUGGUGUCGUUUGUAGACAUAGAUAAAUUUGAACAGGCCUUAGAUGUUAAAAUUGUGGUCUGGUACAGAUGUCCUCAAAAGGAUGUGUUCCUGAAUCACCAAACAGAUACUCGAGCAAAAAACAAAACUGUAUUUCUGUUUCUUCAUGAGAAUCAUUUCUAUGGUAUUGUUAACUUGAAAGGUUUUCUGGGUGCAGCCUAUCUGUGUAAUUACUGUUACACCGCCUACAGUAAUCGAUCUGGACAUCGCUGUGAAGGACACUGUAAUGUGUGUUUUUCCCCAGCCUGUAACAGCGAGUCCUCUGUAAAGGUAAAAUGUAACGACUGCAAUCGUUAUUGUCGAUCACAGCUCUGUUAUGAUGAGCAUAAGAUUCUCAGAGAUAAAGCCAACAGUGAAAAACAGGUUUCUAUGUGUGACCUUUUAAAACUUUGUACAAGGUGUUAUUCUCUCUAUAAAUGUGACCCUACAAAGCCACAGACUCACAAAUGUCUUACUCCUUACUGUAAGCUAUGUAAAGCCGUGUUGUUACCUCACAGUGAUCAUAAAUGCUUCAUUCAAAUGCUUAAACCUAAGGAACCCACAGACAAAUAUGUGUUUUAUGAUUUUGAAUGUCGUCAGGAAGCUGGCGUACACAUUCCUAAUUAUUUGUACUGCAUGCACAUGGGUGGUGAAUCAUGGUAUUGGGAGGGCGAGGAAUGUGUGAAAAAGUUUUUUGAGCGGUAUCGUAGACCUUGUUAUGCAGGAUAUACUUUCUUGGCACACAAUGCAAAGUCUUAUGACAGUUAUUUACUGAUGAAUUAUUUAGUAUCCAACGGAAUUAACCCAAAUAUCAUAGCUCAGGGUAGCAAGUUGAUGUGUUUUACAGACGAAGCUUUUAAAAUGCGGUACAUUGAUUCCUUUAACUUUUUGCCCAUGAAGUUAAGUGCCCUGCCUGCUGCUAUGGGAUUUGAAGCCAAAAAAGGAUAUUUUCCUCAUUUUUUCAAUACUGUUGAAAACCAGA